UCGUUGAUUCUGCGCACAAGCGUUUCCUCAAGACGACAUCAAUUUCCAGCUGUAGUCCGUAUAGCCUGUAUGGAGAGUUGACGCAAUCCACGUCUGCGUUUGUAGACACGUAUAUAGGAGAUUAUUAUUUUUACGCAUGAAUUAGUGGAGUAAACAUUUAAGUAUGGGUUCGAUCGUUGAUUACUUCAAAAACAUUCCUUUGCAUAUGGACUAUGAAGGUCAGGCUAGAGCAGAAAAAUUGUCAAGGAUCAUCAUUACUCUGUUUGGUGUUGUUGGUCUCAUUUGGGGCUACAUAAUUCAACAGUUCUCGCAAACCAUAUACAUCCUUGGAGCUGGUUUUGUGAUGGCAGCGAUUAUCACAGUUCCUCCUUGGCCAAUGUAUAGAAGACAUCCUCUAGAAUGGCAGAAGCCAGUGUCGGAGAAUUCGAGUAAAGCCAAGAAGAAGAAAUAAGUUAUUGAGAAGCCUGUAAAUUUGAACUUUAUGAAUGCCGAGAAUGUUUCACUUGUGAUUAUAAGGUGUUGUGAAUGUGAAACUGUCACAUAGCUACAAAUUAAUCGAGUUAAGUAUUCAUAAAAAAAUGUUGUAAGGGUAGCCAAUUCACAUUUGAAUUUUCCACGUUUGAGUAAUAUAAGAUUUUUAAAAAGAGACUUGUUUCAUUCGCAUUUGACACCCAAUGCAGUUAUUGUAUUAACGGUAAUUAAAAGCACAUUUUUUUACCAUUGAUUUAUCUAAAGCUAUAUUGUGUUCAAGGUAGCAGGUCUUGUGUCUGGAGAUGCGGUAUGUUAAGUGAAGAAAUUUUUAUUUGCAUACGAUAAAACUGUUAAUAAAAUGAAAAAUGAGCCAACAA